UGUACAAGUACAAGAGAAAUGUCAGUGUGAAAAUCAUUUGCAACUGCUGCACCGAUUCAAUGAAUAUCAAGUGGUUGGGUUGGGGAGUCCAAAUGCUCUCAGCCAUCCUAUGUUCAUCACACCUCAUCACUCAUUGCAAGGAUGUGGACUCCAUAUACCCAGUUCUCAGUCCUCAAUACACGUACACGUAGAAGAAGUUUACCAUAUUUACAGCUUAAUUCCAGUUGUCCAAUGUGAGUAAAUGAUUGGAGUUUGGAGUUUGGAUUUUGGAUUAGAAAUAAUGAAGUUUGUUUUGGAUAAGGUUGGCAAAAGAAAGAUGGCAUACGUUACAAGCAUAAAAAAAAGCUUUUAUUUCCCUGCCAUGUUCAGAUUUACCAGGCCAGUUUGUUCUGUAAUAAAAGAGCUUGAGAGGCGAAAAGGAAAAUAAGACAAUUGAACUGAAGAGAAGUGAGAGGAGUUGUUUAGUGCAGCCAAAGACUUCAUUCGUAGUAAGUCUAUUCUUCUUUUUUGUUAUCUCAAUCUAUUUUUUCUUGUAAUGUCUCAAAACGAAGAAAAUGGAGAUGUUCUUCCAAGUUGGUCUAUCACAGGUAAGCGAGGAAGAAAACACACCCAGGGCCAGGGCCCUAUGAACACCUUAUCGUCCUCAGCCUCUAAUGGUGGUGAGCCUAGCAAAAGCAUCACCAACGUGGACAUUGUUUCAUCAUCAUCAUCAUCACCAUCCUCUGAUAAAGAAACUGCCCAUUCCCUUCUCAUGCUUUCGUCUAGCAGCUCUAGUACUAUAGUAUCCAAUGGCACCACUGUUGAAGAUGACCGGCGCCGCCUUAGACGCCGCCGUGAAAAAAAAUGUGAUAUCUGUGGAAGAAUUUUUUCUUCCUUCCAAGCUCUCGGUGGCCAUCGUGCUGGACAUAUGAAAAGGGUUUGGAGCUCUUAUGGUAAUGGUGGUGGUGAUUAUGAAGAAACCCUUCCUCGUCAAGUGAAGGAAUAUGAGUGUACUUAUUGCUCUGCAAUAUAUCCUUCUGGUGCAGCUCUUGGGGGGCACAUGAAAUAUUGUUCAAAGAAGAAUCUUUUGUAAAAGAAAGAGGGGGGU